AAGUGUAGAAUGACACUUUGAAGUCAAAGUCUAUAAUGCCCUUUUCCCCGUUCUUGUAGCCAAUUGUAUUCCAUUCUUCGCAAUAAUUUCUCGGCUUUCCUCGGGAUACACAUGCAGCGUUUUAUAGUGCUCGGAGAAUCCCCUUGAUUGCAACACCAACCCAACUCGAAGAACACCGUCGCCGUUCGCCGCCGUUUCCUGAAGCCGAGUAAAAUUUUCUCCGCGCUACUCUCCGAGUUCAACAUUGCUCAGAAGAAACCACCAUGUCUCCGAAACUGCUAUUAUUGGCGAAUUAGGGUUUGUAAAUUAGGUUUUAAUGGCGAACGACACUGGUUCCGGUCGCGUCGUCACAGAGAAAGGACUGGCUACGAGGUCUUCGAGAGAGACAUUAGGGAAGAAUGCGCUUGCGAGCGGUUCCGCCACGAACGCCACUCCGAAUCGCAAGUCGGAACGGCUCGAGAAGCGGACGCCGCCGUCGCUCUCGGCGAGAAUCACGGUGAGAUUCGGUCAGAAGACGCCGAGUCCGUUGCGGAGAUCUGAGAGAACGAAGAACGCUUCUCCUUCUCCUUCUUCGGAUCCUUCGGCUUCGAAAUCCAAGAGUUCGGGUUCGAAGAGCAAUUGCAGUGGGAAACAGUUGGCGUUUGAGGCUAGCGCUGACGAAGAUGAUGAUGAUGAGAAAAGUGGCGCGGAAGCUUCUUCGAGACUUAGACCUAAGAGAAUGACUGCGGGCGAGUAUCGUGCUCUCUUUGUUAAACCUAAGAUAGAUUGCAAUGAGAAGACAAAUGGGAUGGAUAGGUCAACUGAAGGAGAUUGCCAUGAGAAGACAAAUGGAAUGGAUAGGUCAACUCAAGAAGAUUGCCAUGAGAAGCCAAAUGGGAUGAAUAGAUCAACUCAAGAAGAUUGCCAUGAUAAGACAAAUGGGAUGUAUAGGUCAACUCAAGAAGAUUGCCAUGAGAAGUCAAAUGGGGUGGAUAUGUCAGCUCAGGAAGGUGAUGACGGGGCUAGGGACAAGAUUGACGUGUGCCUUAAAGAGAAUUGUUUUGAUUCUGCCAGGGAUGAUAAGGAUAUUCUUCUACCUGAAGAUGCCAAUAGUAAAGAGAUGAGAGCUGAGUCUAAGUUGAGUGGGCCUUUGAAAGAACUAUUAGAUAAUAAUGCGACUCUAAAUUCAUUGGUACCGUCUAAUGCUGCAACCUGUGAGCCGCCCAGUGGGGCGUCUGAAAGGGUUCAGUCUGAAUCGUGCAUGGAGGAGACAUCACAGAAGUCAGGGUCAAGGGAUUCCAUAAUAAAUGAAAAUUUGAUUAGGAAAUGUGUUGAGAAUGAUAAGGGUGAAAAAUCAAUAUCUUUGAAGAGAAAAAAAAAUAUGUUGGACAUGCAUUCAGAUGCUUCUGCUAUGUUGGUUGACAAUAACAUCAGCAACUUGAUUGAGGAUGCUCACCCAUCAAGGAUAUGUGGCAAUGUUGUGGAGACCAGCGGGUCAUGUUCCAAAAGGAUAAGGCGUAUCUCCUUAUCAGAAUCAGAUGUGAAAAAGGGUGGGAGGAAAACUGCCAAUAAUGUUGAUCAGCCUUCUUCAAAAUCUAAUGGUGAAAAUUUAUCUACUAGGAACAAGGAAGGAAAUUCUGGAGAUUCAGUGGACCCAGAGAUACCUCAAGGGAACACUGUUGAAACAGAGAAAAUACGAAAACAGCAGAGGAGCUUACAUCUUUUACUGAAGCCAGAGAUAGCAAAUCUUUGUGAAAUUCUGCAUCUGCCUGAAAAUGUCAAGAGUAUGGUUGAAAAUUGUCUUGAAUAUACUAUGAACAAUUACCAGAUCUGUACAGAACCAGUGUCAAUAUUACAGGCUUUUCAACUAUCUCUGUGUUGGACUGCUGCUGCUUUGCUAAAUCACAAACUUGACUUUGAAGAGUCCCUCAUGCUUGCUAAGCAGAACUUGAAUUUUGACUGCAAGAAGGAAGUGGUGGAUGAAAUUAAUUCAAGACUCUGGGAUCUGAAGGAAUUUUUUUUAAAACUCACAGGAAACUCUAAUGUUGCCAGCUAUCCAAAAGCUUCUGAGUCAUCAAAUGGGGUUUAUUCAUUUAUUGAAGAGACACCAGAGGUUGAAUUAGUAAAAAAUGACAAUUCUAAAAAUAUUAAAAACGUUCAGAAGAGUAAAAGCCAGUGGAAUAAGCUACUUCUGACACAACAAGAAGAGAAGCAAAAGUUGAAAAAAGAUAUUGAAAAUGAAAAUGGUGAAUUUUGGAGAAGGUACCGAAUACACAGGGCAGCUAUUCAAUCAUGUUCUCCCAAUGAUGUAACCAAAGAGCAAAAGCUCAAGGUUUUCAACAGUGAAUACAUGAAAAUAAUUAGAGAAUUGGAAAGGCAGCAUGAGAUAUGUCUCAAGGAUCUUGAGGACAAGCAAUUAAAAACAAGGCUGACAUUCCAAGAGAUUUCAGCACCUGAUGAAUUGAUAAACCCAGUUACUUCAAACAAAUCUGGGACUAAGGUUGACCAGACUUGUGAUCAAGCCCAGCAUUCUAAUGCUCCGAAAGACCUUGUGUCUGAUCAUGUUGUCGAAGGAGAGGGUUUCAAUGAUAUAGUUGAAAUCAUGACAAGGACUGGAACUGGGAUUGGAUUAUCUGAAGCUCCUGAUGCCAAUGCCUCUGUAGUUGUACCAUGCAGUAGCACAGUUGAACUGCAAACUCCUCUGGUCAAACAUGCUUAUGCUAAUGAGAUGGACAUAGUGGCUUCAAAAGAUGGACCAGUAUCUGGAAAUAAGUGCUAUAAUGUUGCUGAAAAUGAAUAUGAUAGUCAAGGAAAUAUUUUCUCUAAGCAUUACAAUUCCAGAGAACAAUGUUCUGAUGGAGCUAUUAGCUCGCCAGAGGAGGGGGAGUUUGUAAAUUAUAGUUGUGAAUCUCAUGAUUUUUGGAAGGAUGCUAUAACACAAGUUCUGCCUUCAUCUAAUGAAGAGAUAUGUGAUGGGAUAACAUUAGAUAUUCAAUGUUCUGAUGGAGCUAUUAGCUCGCCAGAGGAUGGGGAGUUUGUAAAUUAUAGUUCUGAAUCUCAUGAUUUUGGGCAGGAUGCUAUGACACAGGUUCUGCUUUCAUCUAAUGAAGAGAUGUGUGAUUGGAAAACAUUAGAUGUUCAGCGUUCUGAUGGAGCUAUUAGCUUGCCAGAGGAGGGGGAGUGUAUAAAUUAUAGUUGUGAAUCUCAUGAUUUUGGGCAGGAUGCUAUAGCCCAAGUUCUGCCUUCAUCUAAUGAAGAGAUAUGUGAUGGGAAAACAUUAGAUGUUCCCUGUGGAGAGGUGUCUCCUACAGGGUGUAACACCAGCAGUUCAAAUGGUGAUCAUGUUGAAAUUCCUUCUUCUAGGCAAGGGGAACUUGAUGGGACUAUACUGAGCAAUCCUGUUUGUGGUUCAUCAAUAGAGGUUGGGGCUAAUGGUUCCAAUGAUGGUGCAAAGAAUAUGGCACCCUUGAAUUCUCAAUCAUCUGAAGAACAUAUCCCAUGUGUAAAUACCAUAUCCACACCAAAUUGUGAGAAUGCUGCACAAAUCCAUGAGGCUGAUGACAAUAAUGGUUCAAAAAAUGCUGAAACUCUGAACUCAUCUUUGUCUGAUGAAAGAAUUUCCUCCUUGAAUUCAAAAUCACCUCAAGACCAUGUCCGUAAUGAAAAUGCCAUGUGCAUGCAAAAUUGUGAGAAUUUUGCACCGAGCCUUGAGGAUGAUGACGGUGAUGGUUCAACUAUUGUCAUUCCAAAUCCACCUUUGAUUGAUGAGAGAAAUGCUGAUAGGACCAUAGUAUUAAAUAGAGAUGCACAUGUGGGAAUGCUUGAGACUGUCAAUCUCACUCCAUCCACAGAGCAAAUAUCUGGAGGUGCAGUAGAUGAAGAUGGUCUCCCCAACCACAUUCCCAAGUCAUCAGUUUUAGAUAGUGUAUUGUCCAGACGACGCGAAGCUGAUAGUCCUAGUAAUAGCUCGGAUGCUGAUUGUAUUAUUCUUUCAAAUCAACCUUCUUUAGAGAAACAAAAUCAUGAAGUCUUAUCAAACAUACCUGUUGGACAAAUUCCAGUUGAAGUGUCAGACACUUGUCAUGAGAGGAUUACUGUAAAUGUAUUAGAUGGGGAGGAAGCUGUGGGAAGGCCUGCCACAGUCAAUUGUACUGAUUAUCCUGAGAAUAUAAUUCCUCUGAAUUCUUCAUCCAUGGAUCAAAUAUCUAAUGGAGGUCCAUUAUUAGAUGGAGAUUUAUCAUCAGGGCCUUGUGCUACUAGCCCAGGCAAUGGUCUGACCCUACCUGAUGAACAAAUUCCUGUCUUAGUGCCAGAAAAUAGCGAUAAAGUGGCUCGAUGUCAAUUAACAGACAGUGCAGUGGUGAAGAAAAAUGCCAUAUCUGACCAGCAGGAAGGAGUAUGUAGAACCAUGACAGAAAACAGUUUAUCCCAGGAGACUCCAGUAUCGAGAACAGUUCAUGAUCUCAUGGAGCCUCUAGAACCACUGCAAUCAUUAUCAUCUGUAGAGUCUCCACCUGACCCGGAUACUGCUAGAGAAAUGCCGAACACUUUGAUAUCUAGUCCUGUUGAUAUUGUACCUGAUAAUCAAUCCAUUAAUGUUUCACUGGUCAUGGAGCCUCCAGAGCAGGAGGGGCAAUUACUUUCUGCAGGUUUCCUUUCUUCCAACCAGGACCUAUCUAAUUUGCCUUUGGUGACUGGAAACAAAGACCAGCCAUCCGAUGAAGAUGAUCUCCCCUAUCACAUUUCUGAGAUUCAAAAUCAAGUUGUGCAACAAGCCUCAUAUUCGGACCAGCAGGAAGGAGCAUGUAGAACCGUGACAGAAAACAGUUUGUCCCUAGAGACUCCAGUAUCUAGACCAGUUGAUGAUCUCAUGGAGCCUCUAGAACAAGUGCAACCAUUAUCAUCUGUAGAGUCUCCACCUGACCGUGAUACUGCUAGAGAAAUGCAGAACAUUUUGGUAUCUAGUUCUGUUGAUUUUGUACCAGACAAUCAAUCCAUUAAUGAUUCACUGGUCAUGGAGCCUCCAGAGCAGGAGGGGCAAUUACCUUCUGCCGGUAUCCUUUCUUCCAACCAGGACCUAGCUAACUUGCCUUUGGUGACUCGAACUGAAGACCAGCCAUCCAAUGAAGAUGGUAUUUCCAACCACAUUCCCGAGACAUCAAUUGAGAUUCAAAACCAAGCUGUUGGGCAAUGUGCCUCAAAUGUGGAACUUGACUCAUGUUCUCGUCAAGUUGUACAUCCAGCCUCAAAUAUGGACCUUGAUUCACUUCUUCCUGGUGGAUUCAGACGGCAGUCUUCAGACACAAGAAAUUUGUCAACUCUCACAGAGAAUAAUAGCCAUCCUGUACAACCUGCUAGCCAAUCAGCUUCCAGGAUUAUUCGACAUUUGUGCCUUGAUCCACUUACCAAUGAAUUAGAAAGACUGCGUAUACUGACAGACCAAAAUAUGAAAGAAUAUGAAAACAAGAAAUUGCAGUUGAAAUGUGAUUUUGAGAAGGAACUCGAGGAACUUUACAGGAAGUAUGACAUUAAACGUAAGGAGAUUGAGGUUGAAUUUCAGAAUAUAAGGAAGAACCUGGAUACACGAAAUAAAAUAGUUUUUGUAAAUAAGAUAUUGGCUGAGGCUUUCAGGGCUAAAUCCAUGGAUCUUAAAGUAUCUGGUGCAUCAAGAAUGCAGCAAGAUGCAAGUGUUCCAAUGCAAUUAUUUCAGCUUGCAAGUCAGCAAAAUGCCACUCAGCCCUGUCUGGUUGGUGCAUCAUCUUGUGGGCCUCCUGCAGCCAGCGUGCAGAGUUCCUACGCCACAACUACCACUCAGACUAUGGUAUCACCAAUACAGGCCACUUACAGUACACCAGGAACUUUCUCCAGUGUUUCUCCAAGACUACCUCAUAUCAACUCCCUCUCUUCACCCUUGGGAAAUGUUCAAACUGCCGGGGAGAUACGUGCCCCUGCACCACAUCUCCAGCCUUAUAGACCCCCAACAUCCAUCCCAGCCUCCAGUCCAUGUACAGUUCCGCAUGGGAGGCCAGGUCAGCCUACACCCGGUAAUAUUCCGGUAACUUCUCCCCCAUUUUCUCACCGGACACCCCGGCCAAUGCCCGCAAACUUUCAGUCUGUUCCUCAUAGGGGGCAUUGGCCCGUAAGUACAAGUGGGUUAUCCACACCUAAUUUAUCUGCUGCCAUGAAUUCUCGUGGUGAUGCUAAUAGUCAACCUGGUAUAAAUCUGGCAAAUGUUCGGCCACAUAUGCCAGAUUUGCCUACAUUGAUGAACUUGAACCUAUCCAAAUUUGGCUGUAAUAGCUCGCCGGCUAACUCAGCACAUCAAGCUACAUCACCUGAUGUAGUCUGUUUAUCAGAUGAUGAAUGACCAGAAGAAGUAUUUAAAUAUCUUUUGCGUAUCUGUCCUAACACUAGGCAAUUUUUUCUUUUCCCUCGUCGAGGGGCUUCUAACAAUAAUUUAGGAGGGCAGAUAUUGUUGUUGUGGUGGUGGUGGCAGCGGCAGUGCCAGUGUCGUCCUCAUCUGUUUUUAUUGUGUUGUAAUUAUUAUUUAUUUUAUAAUGUAUAUUCAAUGUAAAUUAGUUGUAUGGUUCUCCUUUGUAUUGCAAUGAAUGGAUGUGCUAGUUUGGUGGGGGAGAUGAAUGAGUGUUAGUUGAAAUGAAAGCAUGUUGCUGUUCAUAUCGCAUUUUAGAUUUAAAAUACUUGUUAAGGUUUUAUGUAAAUUAGUAUCUAGAAGUGCCCCACCAUGCUCCAGUUCUCUCAGCAAAGUAAUUCGUUAAUAAGCGAAUUACUCCUCUUGCACUCUUUAAUGAUGCUUCAUACUUCGUAGUGCUCUUA